UCCGCUUUGAGGCAGAAAAAGCAUUUUACAGGAAGGACACCACUGACUGACCAGGUUCACCUCACACUGCAUCACCCCGCCCCAGGCUCCUCCCUCCCCCACCCCCCACCUGCUGCUGCCGCUUCCCGCCACCACAAACUGCUGCAGGGAAUUCAAACGCUCACUGACGGUAACGUGAGUGGAUCACACGUUUCUCCCACAAAUUAGGUCAGCGGUGGUCGGAUCAUUGCUCCCGUGUGAGUGAGAGAGAGCCUCGGUGAAGAAUUUACGGCCACCUGAUGACCUCAUGACCGGCAGGAAGUGGAGGCUGCAGGAGGCGGGUGACACAAAGUGACCACACGAGGCCGCAGCAGACCAGCAGCUCCUGUGUCCCCGCCAGCUAAAAUCACUGGUUUUCUCUGUGGGAGAAUCAAUCAGUCAAAGCACGAGGAGAGUGAACACACACACACGCAACACACACACCAUGUCCACCGGCGUGCUGUGUGGAUGCAGCAGGGUGGUUCUGUCUCAGACCGCGGGUCGUCAAGCGUUAGCUGCUCUCAGAGUCGGAAGAACCAGAACCUUUUCUGCUGCUAGUUCAGAUGAACCGUACGUUACUGUAUCACACACAGACUCAGGACCCAGAACCGUGUGGCCCGAUGAGAACAUGGGGCCGUUCGGUCCUCAGGACAGGCGCUUCCAGUUACCUGGCAACGUUGGCUUUGACUGUCACCUGGACGGCACGGCCGACCAGAAGAAGUUUCCGAUCCACAGAACGGUUCCGGACGUGCUGACCGCGCCGAGCAGCGCAGAGAGACACCAGUUCGUUCUGGCCCAGUUUGUCAACGAGUUCCAUGGGAAACUGGGUCCCAUGUCGAUGAGAGUCAACAAAGCAGAGCAGUAUUUUCAUCAAACAGACACCGACUGUUCCAUAAACUCCUGUCCUGAGCUGCUGAGGAAAGAUCUAGAGCUACUGUUCCCCUCAGCAACUGCCACCUCCAUCACAGUUGUCACGGUGACGCAGAGGAGUCGUCACUGUGAGGAGGAGAAGGAGGCGGAGUCAGAGCAGGGCACAGAACAGCUGCUAAACAAAUUUGUAAACGGAGCAAAGGAAAUGUGUUUCGCUCUGUGGACGGCGGGUUACUGGGCCGACUUCAUCCACCCGACGACAGGAGCAGCGUUCUUUGCGUCUCCGUUAAGUCACGCCCCGCUGCAAACAGAGGAGGAGCUGAGACAUUUAGGUUUCCACAUCGAGGCGUCGGGCUCGUGCACGGUGAUUCGUCACAUCCUGAGCGGAACGCCGUUGUUUGUGGGGACAGUUUUCACCAACGCACCGACCCACAGCGCCACCAUCGCGCGGCUACAAGGACUGUCGGAUGUUCUCGACGACGAGGAAUAGGCGUUUUUUUUUAUUUAAUAUAUAUAUAUAUUAUUUUUAUGAACGGCCUCUUGUUUAUGGUGUGAACAAGCGUCGGUGUCACUGAGACGCUGCGUGACUGGACCAGGAUUAUUCCACACUACAUCCAGGCAGAUUACACCAUGUGUUAUUAUUGUAAUCUGCCUUUUUUAAACGUGUCGGUCAGUGACAUCAUCAUCAUCAUCAUCGACGGUCAGAUGAUGAGAAACAGAAAGUGGAGACAUUUCAGAUGCAAAGCGACGUCGCUUUGAGAUUUAAUAAUUUAUUUUCACAGCUUGAGUCGAAGGAGCUGAAGCAAAACUGGUGAAAUAAAUCUAAACUGUGAAGA